ACACUGGCAGGUGCUGAUCGUCAUGCCUCUGCCCCGACGCCGCUCAUCCUUCCUCGGACAGAUGGCCGCCGAGCGUCCACCCUCUGCCUCCUGCGGGAGAAUGGGCUCGGCGGGCACCUCUGCCCCUCGCGGCGUAUUCGUAGGCUCCACCCCACCAGCGAGUGUUCCCUCUGGCCUGGGGACGCGGGUGUCACGGCGAGCUCUGGGCAUCAGCAGCGUGUUCCUGCAGGGGAUGAGGAGCAGCACAGCACCAGUGCUGCCCCGAGGCAGCGAGCGAGCAGCGGGGAGCGGUGCUGCGGCAGCGGGACUGAACAGCUGUUUGAUGGAAUACCGCGACAAAGUGAGAGCGCUGGAACAGCUGAACCAACAGCUGGAGGAGCAGAUCCGCCUCUGCCUGGACCGCAAGGCCUCGAGCGCCGGAGCCUGGGGACCCCUCAGGAGGGAGUGGGAGGAGGUUUACAGACAGGUCAGUGAAGCCAUCCUGGACAACGCCCGGCUGAUGCUGCAGACAGAGAACGUGCAGGCCAAUGCUGAGGAUUUCAAGGACAGGUUCGAGAACGAGCAGCCGUUCCGUCGGGCGGUGGAGGAGGAGAUCAGCUCGCUGUACAAAGUGAUUGACGAGGCGAACCUGACGAAGGCGGAGCUUGAGGAGCAGAUGGAGAACAUGAGGGCGGAGCUACGCAGUCUGGAGCACGACCAUGAGCAGGACGUGCGGAUCCUGUACAGUCAGAUGGCGGGACGUGAUGUGGACGAGCCCGACGCGCCCAUAGAAACCAGCCUGGACCAGAUCUUGGCCUAUAUCAGGAUCCACUGGGAGAAAGUGAUGGAGAAGAGCAGGGCUGAGACUGACACCUACCUGGACUGUAAAGAGGCACAGUGCGUGAGCAGCAAGCUGAGUCCAGAGGAGGAACAGGUGGAGGCGCUGAAGGCUGAGUGCAGCGACACCGGCUGUAAGAUCCAGAGUCUGCAGGCGGAGACCGAGUCUAUCAGAGCCCUGAAACGCGGUCUGGAGAACUCGCUGAGCGACGCCCGCCACUGGCACGACAUGGAGCUCCAGAAUCUCGGCUCAGUGGUGGCCAAGCUGGAGGCGGAGCUAGCCGACAUACGCAGUGAAAUCGAACAGCAGCGCCGCGACUACGACACGUUGCUGAGCAACAAGCAACGGCUAGAGCAGGAGAUCGACUUGUACCACGGCAUCCUGGAUGGCGAGGAGAACCGCUUCGAGACGCUGUGUUCAGAUCUCCACUCAGAGCCCGAGGGAGCUGCUGCUCCAGACUCCAGGAGCAACCCUCCAGGAUCUCCAGGACCUGCAGCACAGUGACCCCAGAGGAAAACCUGAGCAGGCUGACCCGGUCUACCUGUGCAGGUGUGGAGGAUGCUGGACGUGUGCGUUUCAGCUGCUCGGUGUGGACGUGACGUGUUGUAACGGUCUUCAGGUGAACCUGCCGAGAACACCUGAGGACCCGCCUGAGCCCGACUGGACCUGAGACUCGUGUUGCUCUGUGUUAAUAAAAGUGAAUGUGACGGUGCGUUCAGGUGCUCCUUGUUUCUUUCAAACUAAAAUAAAGGUGUGAGAAUGAUGUCAGCGUGUCACAGAACGCUCUUGACUAUAUUCAGAGCUGCCGCCCUCCAGCUGGUGCACGGCGCUCACAGCUCCGAAGCAUCGACGCCAACUUGGCGCAGGA